UGACGAAACAAGAGGCAGCACCCGGUAGAAAAAACGCCAGCGUACAGCCUUCCCCCAAUAAAUCGUAAACUGAGCGCUUACUCACGCACCAUCUGUUAGGCGUAAUCAUUUCUGCGACUUUAGUCAUUACUCUCGUGACUGAACUGCACUACACGGAAAUAACUUUACGAAUGGUGCGCUAUUCUGUUUUUCGGAGGUAGCCUGCUGAUAUCCGACAAGGGCUGGGGUGCAGUUUCUCGUUAACUGUUCCUUAAAACUGGAGGCAGUUUUAACUUGCCUCUUGGUCUGCGAUUCUGCGAGUUCAGCAAGACGCGUAAGCAACAGAGAAACGACACUCUGGAACUGUACAAUUUUUGAGCUCUGGUUAAGUAGAAAAAUGACUCGCUGAUGAGUUUGGAGGUGCUGUUCUGACAUUUUAUACGCAAGGAAUAAUUCGGCUCGGGCACAGCUUUAUUAAGUCUCUUCCAUUUUCUCUCCGACGUACUAUUUGCGUCAUGACUUCUAGUUAUAUGCAUGUAAUGGACAGACAAGCUACACUACCAAGCCGUCUGGAGAGUCCGAUUACAGCCAAUCUGGAAAAUCUGCAGGCUAAGAAGAACUUCUCUGUUAGUCACCUGUUGGAUCUCGAGGAGGCCGGGGAGAUGGUGGGGACACCAACGGAUGAGAACCCGGGGGAGGCGGGGAGGAGUACGCUGGAGUCUCCGGGACUGACCAGCGGCAGCGAUACUACGCAACACGAGAAUGAGCAACUGACCUCGGAGGAGAAGAAGAAGAGGAAACAGCGGAGGAACAGGACCACCUUUAACAGCAGCCAGCUGCAGGCGCUGGAGAGGGUGUUUGAGAGGACCCACUACCCUGACGCUUUCGUCAGAGAGGACCUCGCGCGCAGGGUCAACCUCACCGAGGCACGCGUGCAGGUUUGGUUUCAGAACAGACGAGCCAAGUUCCGCAGGAAUGAGCGAGCGAUGCUAGCCAGCAAGAAUGCGUCCCUCCUCAAGUCCUACUCCGGGGACAUGACAGCAGUGGAGCAGCCCAUCGUGCCCCGCCCUGCCCCUCGACCCAACGACUACAUGUCCUGGGGUACCUCCUCCCCAUACAGCACCAUGGCAACCUACCCGCCCACGUGCGCCAGCACCAACACUUCACAGGGGAUGAACAUGGCCAACAGCAUCGCCAACCUCCGCCUGAAGGCCAAGGAGUACAGCCUGAACCAGGUGCCCACCGUCAACUAAGGGAGAGAGCGACACUGAGGGGAUUAGCAGGGUAACAGUCACCCCAGAGAGGCCCAACACGGAGCGGCAGGUUCCAGGACUGGCAGCGGGGACGCCGGUGACUUGCUGAAAUCUACACCAGAGGCUUCCUCCUGCUGGCUCGUCGUCUUACCGAAGAAUGUUUUCUUUUCUAUUUUGCAUUGUUUUUGUUAUGGGACAUGAAGAGAGACCAAAAAAUGAACUAAAUAUGAACAUGAACAUGUUUUUCAAGAACUGACUUCAAAAUUUCAAAGUGUAUUCAUUCACAGUGCAGUGACUGAAAAUAUAUAUAUUAGUUUGAAAAGGCAAUGGAGAAAGCAGCUUCAGCCUUCUCAUAGUAACCUUUGGAGGUAACCCGAGGUUUAUGCCAACAGCCCCUGGACUGUAAUGCACUCUUUUAUCAGUGGAGCAUGAAUAUAUCAUUGGAUUUAGACCAAGAACUAUGGCAACCAUUCAGAGUUUGGAGAAAUAUAAAGGGAUGUAGAAGUACAGGCCUGCCUCCUGAUUAUAGACCGAGAGGCUCAAAGCCAUUUCAAGCCAUUUUUUUAAAGCAAUUUUUUCAUUCUUUUUUCCCAAUUUGGAAUGUGCCACUGACAUGUAAAUGUAAAAAAUGCAUUGUUAUUGAUCAAAUGUACAAAAUGUAUUUGUCCAAGAUGAUUUACAUUGAAGUUCAUGUACAUGACCUUGGAAAACCCAAGAUUUAGCUUUCUCAUUGUAUAUAUCUUGAAUAUCUUUAUUUGUACCAAGAAAAAUCUACAUAAUAAAAACCCACUUCAUGUAAUAUAAUGAACCUAUGUUUUAAGACUGAUGGUAUAUGUUUGGCUUUAAAAUCAGAAUAGGAAAAUGUUCAACUUACUGAAGUUGUGUGAGAACUUAACUGCUUCGUUACUUAGUUACUGGAAGGCUCCCGUGUCAACAAGUGCCUAUUCUUUUUUUAUAACAACUACCCUUUUAUGGGCUUUUAGAAGAACAGUGAUAGAAGAUUGAGGAAAAAAGAGAUUUUUUAUUAUCUAUGUACAACACCAGUAAAAUGUUUACUCAGAAUAAAUAUCAAUGGAACAAUUGUA